AUGGGAUCAUAAGGAUCAAAGAAAGAGGUUAAAGGCAAUAUUGUAAUGAUGUUAGAAAAAAAGAACUAUUUUUGUGGCGAGCAAAUAAAAGGAAGUGUCUCCUAUUCUGUAUAGGAUUCUGAAAUUAAAGUUUAUGUUAAACUCAUAUGCGUGGCUGAGAGAUAUGUCAAGAAGAAGAUGCUGUAUUAGGAAGAGGUGUUUGAAAACACUAUAAUGUUGAGUUAUCCAAAUGAAAUUGGGGAUUUCUAGAAAUACUUUUCUAUUUUGAGUCCAUAAUUAUAGAGUAUGGAAUUGAAUACAUGGAAUCAAGAUGAAUAGAUAUACAUCAAAUAUUUUAUAAGAAGUUAUCUAAAUUUUUAGGAUCAUAAUGUAAAGGAUAAGUAAAGGAAAUAAUGUGAGGAACGAAUAUUCAUUAAGAGAACUUAUCAAAACAAAAUAGAAAAUAUAAUAAAACAGCUUUCAUAUGUUACAAGAUAAUGGUUUUUAGGCGAUGCAUAAUAAAUUGAGUUUUGGUAUGACUUUGAAAAUAAAAAUUUUAGAUCAAAUGAAACGCUAUCAUUUUGGUUGGGAGUCGACAAUAGGCGCACUACAAUUAAUAUUGAAAGCAUAAAGGCUUAAUUGGUUUUAGAGAUCUUAGAGCGCCAAGAUUAUUGGAAAAUAUUAUAGAGAAGGAUUUUAUCAUGUCCAGAAGAAAGAAUAAAAGUGCCAUUUGGAAUCUAAAAAAGUUUCUAAAUAAAUCUUAUAAUUCCCAGCAAUUGUCCUACUGCAAUCUUCUCUCGAAAGAUUAUGAUGUGCUACCAUGUUGAAAUCGAAUUUAAUUUUGAGUAUUUAGGAUGUAGAAGGAAAUAAUAUGUGGAAAGGGUAUUGAUAGAUGUAGUAAAUUGUGAUAAUUAAUGA